CUCCAAAAAAAUGGCUUCCCAAAAGUUAACAAAACUGUUCGCCAACUCAUUUAAGCUGGCGACAAGUGAUCUCGCAAAUCAAUACGCUCUACCGGUUAAAUCAAUGACUGGAAUGAUUGUGAGCAAGUAUGGUGCAUCGAAAUCCAGGCGGCUCAAUGAGAAAGUCGUUGAGAAAAUGGAUAUUGGGAAAGAUGAUUUUCUAUUUGAAAUUGGAUUUGGACGAGGAGAUGCUAUGAAAAUGUGCUUUGAUCGGGUUAAAGACGGCCGGGGAAUGGUAUUCGGUGUUGAAAGAUCCGGCUAUAUGAACGAACGAGCCAUCAAACGAUUCGUUCUGGAAAUCGCCGAAACCGAUAAAAUCCGCAUCGAUUCGGCAGUUGAUCUACGGAAUCUACCGUAUCCCACUGAUCUAUUCAAUCAUGUAUUCCACGUGGAUCUCUUCUAUUUUCUACAACAAAAUGCACUGGUAAACAUUAAUCGGGAACUGCUGAGAGUUCUGAAACCCGGUGGAACAUUGAUUUGUGGAAUGCAAUUCGAUCGGUUGAAGAAAUUGACGGAAAAUCGAAUACUUGAGGAGAAUCAGUGGGAUCCAAUGAGAUAUCUGUGGGCACUGGAAACGGCGGAAUUUAGUGAUGUUAAAAUCAACUACCAUAAGGACCCCCAAAUUGGUGAAUAUCAAAUCAUCUCGGCUACAAAAUCUACUGAUCCUCUAGCUGGACAAGAUCCUGAAGAAUUAAUGAAAAAAUUGGCGAUGGAUAUGAAGAAAGAACGACUGGCCGAAGCGAUGAUGAAUGAUAAAAAGAAUUUUGAAGAUCUUUAAUUUUUUCGGUUAAAAAUGUUUUUUUAAAAUAGGUUUUUAAUGAUUUUUUGUUGUUAUUUUUCGCUAUAAAAAUAGGUACUUUUGAAAAU